ACCGACGCUGCCAGGAAGCGAGAUUUAAAACAGCCCCGCUGCGGACGGGCACACUGAGGCAGCGGAGCCUCCGGGGGCAGCCGGGCACGGGCGGGGGGCACCGGAGGGGGCACGGCAGGGAUGGUUGCAUCGCAAGCCCCGCCGGCCUAGAUGCCAGCAGGUGUCGGCUGGACCCCCAUCCACACCGACCCCUCCGGGACCGGACCGGACCGGACCGGGGCUGCACCUCUCUGUGCUCAACGUUCAGGUUGAAGUCUGAGGCCGUGAGGAAUCGCCGCGACCAACUCGCCUCAUGGAGCUGGAAACCGAAACCCAGCCUGCUUGCGUCGUCCAGGCUCGCUGCCCUCAAGAUGACUCCCCGCACCAGGUGAGGUUGUCUGGAAAGAUUUCCCCAGCGAAGCCUUGUUUCAAGAAGAAGCAAGCCUCCAAGAGACUGAGUACCGGAGCCAUCCGGAACUUGAGGCCCAUCUUAAACACUUUAUUAGAAGCCAGGUCGCUCGAUGGGGUUUUCGUGCCCAGGAGCCAGAACGGAAACGAGAGCGGUUUAUGUGAGCCUGUCGUGAAAAAGGCCCUGGUGAUCAAUGCAGCCUGCCCGCCGGCAGGAAACGACCUGCCCGUGCUGAUCCCUGGAGAGACAGAUGUUGGGGGACAGCUUCCCGAGGCCCACCCUUCCUCUGAGGGCCCUGAGCAGGGGGUCCCGCCCCAAGAGGAACCCGGUUUCCCUUCGGAGAACGCCAAUGGGGCCGUGACUAAUCCCGCUUCCGGACCCUUCGGGGAUCACCUCUUGCACCCGGCCCCCAGCUACCCGCCCACCAGUCCGGAUGGCUUGGAAAAGGUUCUCGACUGUGUUUCGGGGUUAUUCCAAGAGGAUAGCUAUGCAAUCCAGUACAACUUGAACCCCAGCGAUGAGUUGACUAGUGGGCUCUUCCAGGACAAGAGCGAGGAGGCUUCCCUUGAUCUGGUGUUCGAGCUUUUGAAUCAGUUACAGUACCACACCCAUCAGGAGAAUGGGAUUGAAAUCUGCAUGGAUUUUCUGCAAGGCAGCUGUAUUUACGGCGGCAUUUGUCCGAAGCACCACACGGUCUUGCCGUAUCACUGGCAAGUCAAGAGGACAGCUAGUCAAGUAUGGCAGAGUGUAACCAAUGAUUCCCAGGAACAUUUAGAGAGACUUUACUGUAAUCCAGACAAUGACAGAAUCAGACUGAAGCAUAGGGGACAUGAAUUUUGGGCAGAUCUAAACGCAAUGAACGUGUAUGAAACAGCUGAAUUCGACCAAGUGCGGAGGCUCUCCACGCCAUCCUGUACUACUGCCAAUUCUAAUUACCACACAGUCUGGAAAUACUUCUGCAGGGAUCACUUUGGCUGGAGAGAAUACUCUGAGCCCGUGGUGAGAUUGAUAGAAGAAGCCAACUGCAGGGGUCUAAAGGAGGUCCGGUUUGUGAUGUGGCACAACCAAUACAUCUUGAACAUUAAGGAUGGCUUCCAGCAGAACUCUUGCUUCAGGAGAGAAAUCAAAAAGAGGCCCCUGUUGCGCUCCUGUAUCGUGCUGAUGCCGUACCUGCAGACUCUUGGAGGAAUUCCAUUGCCCCUCCCAUCUCUAGAAGCCUCCUCUUCUCAAGUCUUCUACCCACCUUCAGUUACCUCUCCUAACUUUUACCCUGAAACUUGGAUUACCAUGGACCCCUCUCAGGACUUUAUCCAAGUGCCUGUUUCCAAGGAGGACAAGAGCUACCGAACCAUCUAUAAUCUCUUUCACAAGACUGUGCCUGAGAUUAAGUAUAGAAUUUUGAAAAUAUUAAGGGUGCAGAACCAGUUCCUCUGGGAGAAAUAUAAAAGAAAAAAGGAAUAUAUGUCUAAGAAAGUGACUGGCCUGGACCGGAUAAUGAAUGAGAGACAUUUAUUCCACGGGACCUCCCAGGAUGUGGUGGACGGGAUCUGCAAGCACAACUUCGACCCCCGCGUCUGCGGGAAGCAUGCCACCAUGUUCGGACAAGGCAGCUACUUUGCCAGAAAAGCCAGUUACUCCCACAGUUUCUCUAAGCGCUCCCCUAAGGGGAUUCACUACAUGUUCCUGGCCAAAGUGCUCACGGGAAAGUACACGGUGGGCAACCAUAACAUGAGGAGGCCGCCUCCCGUCAACCCCGGCAGCAUCACCAGCGACCUCUAUGACUCCUGUGUGGAUAACUACUUUGAACCUCAGAUCUUUGUGAUUUUUAACGAUGACCAGAGCUAUCCCUAUUUUGUUAUCCAGUAUGAAGAAGUCAGUGACACUGUCCCUAUCUGAAAAUCUACCGGACUGCUAAAUUAUUUGAUAGAAUACUUCUUAUCCAGCACCUGUA